AUGGGGGUGCAGGCUCUGCGGCUGCUCCUCCUUCUCCUCCUCCUCGCCGCGGGGCUGCUCCUCGCCGCCAGCACCGGGGCCAACGGGAGCGGCGCAGGGCAUCGCGCGGGGACCCCCGGGGACCGGCAGCAGCUGGGGGUGGCCGUGCGGGGGUCGCAGCCCCGCGGGAUGCUCGGUGCCUCCUCCGCCUCGGGGACGGCGGUUUGGUCCCGCCGCGGAGCCGGCUGCACCGUGGGGACCGGCGCUCCCCGGCCUGGUGGGGCCGGGGGGUUCCCCGCCCGGCUGCGGGUCCUGCUGGAGCUGGAGGGGACACAGCUGGUGCUGGAGCUGGAGAAAAACUGGGAGCUGGUGCUGGGUGCUGGGGCGCUGCUCUACUACCUGCCCAAUGGCACGCGGGUGACGCAGGAGACCAGCGAGCAGGAGCACUGCUGCUACCGGGGGAUGGUGCGGGGCUUCCCUGGCUCCUGGGCCAGCCUCUGCGCCUGCACCGGACUCAGUGGCCAUCUCUGGCUGUCGGAGACCAGGAGCUACGGGAUAGAGCCGGAUGCUGGCAGCCCCCCAGGGCAGCAUGUCGUGUACCGGCCACGGGAGGUCCGGCUGGUGCCACGGGCCUGCGGGCAGGGCCCCCUGGCCCAGCCCCGAGCAGAGGAGAGGGAGCCCCCGGGUCCACAGAGGGGCAAGCGGGCGGUGGCAGAGCAGUGGUUCGUGGAGCUGGUGAUGGUGGUGGACCACACUGCGUUCCAGAAUUACCCCAACCUGCAACGUGUCCGCACCCGGACCCUGGAAAUCGCCAACCAGGUGGAUGCGUUCUUCCAGCCACUGGGAUUGCGGGUGGCCUUGCUGGCAGUGGAGGUCUGGAGCGAGGGCGACAGGUUCACGGUGGGCAGCAGUGCCCGGGCUGCACUGGAGCGGUUCCUGCGCUGGCGCCAGGAGGAGCUGCUGCCCCGGCUGCCCCAUGACAACGCCCAGCUCCUCACGGGUGCCCACUUUGAUGAUGUCUCAGUGGGGAUGUCGGCUCAAGCCUCCAUGUGUUCCCCUGCGCGCUCUGGAGGGGUCAGCAUGGAUCACUCGGUCAGCGUCCUCGUCGUUGCCUCCACGGUGGCCCAUCAGCUGGGGCACAACCUGGGCAUGCGCCAUGAUGGCGCUGGGCGUUUCUGCGACUGCAGCGACCUCCGGCAGGACCGCGGCUGCAUCAUGGCAUCGCCCACGGGGCUGACGCCUGGCUUGAGCUUCAGCAACUGCAGCCAGCAGGACCUGGAGCGCAGCCUGCGGCAGGGACGCGGCUGGUGCCUCUCCAACGUCCCUGAGCCCCAGCGCCUGGCUGGGAGUCCCUACUGCGGGAACCGCUUCCUGGAGCCAGGCGAGGGCUGUGACUGUGGCCUCAGCAUGGAGUGCACUGAUCCCUGCUGCAACAGCAGCACCUGCCAGCUGAUGCCCGGGGCCAAGUGUGCCACAGGGGACGCCUGCUGCCAGGACUGCCAGCUGCGCCGUGCUGGACACCUGUGCCGGGCGCCCCUGGGCGAGUGCGACCUGCCUGAGUUCUGUGACGGGGUCUCGCCACGCUGCCCACCCGACACUUUCCUGCAGGACGGGCAGCCCUGUGCCAGCGGGCAGGCGGUCUGCUACAGUGGCACCUGUGCCACCUAUGAGGGGCAGUGCCAGCAGCUGCUGGGGCCAGGCGCCGGCCCUGUCUCCAGCUCCUGCAUGGCCUCCCUGAACGUGAAAGCGGAUGAACGCGGGCACUGCGGGCAGCUCCCCAAUGGCUCCUACAUCGCCUGCACCCAGCGGGAUGCUGGCUGCGGGAUGCUGCAGUGCCAGCGUGGCAGCACCCCCGGGGACAGACCAGAAGGGUCCUGCCAGGGGACCCUCCUGCCUGGGGAUGAGGAUGUGAGCGAUGCGGCUAUGGUACUGCCCGGCACCGCCUGUGGUCCUGGGAAGGUGUGCCUCCAGCGCCAGUGCCAGGACGUCUCCGUGCUGGGUGACCAGCAGUGCCAGAGCAAGUGCCACGGGCAUGGCGUGUGCAACAACCACGGGCACUGCCACUGCGAGCAGGGCUGGGCCCCCCCGACCUGCGAGAGCCCCGGUGCGGGGGGCAGCCAGGACAGUGGCCCUGCCGCCCUGGAGCGAGGGGGGAGCACCCUGCCCACCACCCUGCUGCUGAUCACGCUGCUGGGGCUGGCCCUGGCACUGGGGCUCUGCUGCACCCGCCGCACUGGGCUGCACAAGCGCCUCUGCCAGCUCAGCAAGGGGACCUCCUGCCAGUACAGCGCUGAGACCCAGGCCCGAUUCCUGGGUCCAGAAGCCCCAGACGGCUGGAGCGGGUAACGUCAC